AUGAAAGAUUCUAACCAAAAAGCCAACGAAAAAGCAAAAGAGUUACUAAAAAAGAUGGAAGAGUGCAUGGGUAUAAAGAUUGAGGGAAUUUGUUCACAAGAGGAUUAUUCUGACGUCAUAAACAGAUGCUGCGAAAAUCUGAUUGGUUAUAAAAAGGUACCCUUAGGGGUUUCAAAUAGAGGGGUAUUAAUAAACAACCGCAUGUUCUUUAUUCCAAUAGCAACGACAGAAGGUGCAUUGGUUGCAUCAAUGUGCCGUGGAAUCAAACUUAUAAAUGCAUGCGGAGGAGUUGAAGGGUAUGCAGAAAACGUCGGGAUUACAAGAGGAUUUACUAUGAGGUUUGAAAGUUUUAGGGAGGCCAUGAGGUUCUACCAGUGGAUAAAAAUGGAAAAGUCAAUUGCAAAUCUCAAAAGAAUUGGAAAUGAAGGAAGCAGGUAUAUGAGAAUCAGUAAGAUUGAAUCCAAGCAUGUUAUAGGGGAAGAUGUAUACAUUAAGGUACAUGGGUACUCGGGAGAUGCCAUGGGAAUGAAUAUGAUAACAAAGUCAUGUGUUCAAAUAUCUAAUGAAAUAGUUCGUUUAUUUCCAAACUCUAGUCUUGUGUGCAUAAGCUCUAACACAUGCACUGACAAAAAGUGGUCUGCAGAAAACUAUUGUAAUGGAAGAGGAAGAAAGAUAUUUAUGAAUCUGAGAGUAGACAAUCGAAACUGUGAAGAGAUACUUGGAGUUAACAUAGAUAGAAUUCUAGAUGUAUAUCAUGCGAAAGUUGUGGUUGGGGGAUCUCUUGUGCUAGGGGGAUUUAAUUGCCAAGCAGCCAACUACGUUGCAGGGAUAUUUCUAGCUCUAGGACAGGAUCUAGGACAAAUUAUUGAAAGUAGCAAUUGUAUAUUGAGCAUGAAAAAACUUGAAAGUGAAGUUCUGAGUGUUUCUUUGUUUAUGCCUUCGGUUACAGUGGGUGUGGUUGGUGGGGGUACACACCUGGAACCUUCCAAAAGCUUUUUAAGGCAAUUUAGCAAUGUGAAUGAUGAAUACAUAAUAACGAAUAAAGAUGAAGACAAGUCGGUGGCACCUGGAUACUUGGGACUAGCUCUAGGAGCAGCAGUACUUGGAGGAGAGCUAUCUCUUUUGGGAUCUCUUGCGGAUAACACAUUAAUGGAAAGUCACUUGAGAUUGAAUAGAAGACAAGGGUAG